GGUUACUACAGCAACCGGUGAGCUUGUGCGCGCUUCCGCUGUCAACUUUGAAGCAAUGUAGCAGCUAACGGCUACUGGAAUACUUUAAUCGAGUACGGUUAUUAAGUUUCUCGUUGUUUUCCCAUUUAAACCCGUCGACGUUUUGUUUGCAAUGCUUCGUCCAAAGUAUUUCACGCCGAAGGAAGUGUCUGUUCACAACACGCUUGAUGAUAUAUGGGUGUCGUACAUGGGCAAAGUGUACAAUCUGACACCACUUGUGGAAGAACAUAAAGGCGACGUGCUGUUGAAACCUAUUAUAGAGUGUGCAGGAAAGGACAUCAGUCAUUGGUUUGACCCAAAGACAAAAGACAUUCUUAGGCAUGUCGACCCGUUAACUGGCUGCAUUAAAUACUACACCCCCAGGGGGCGCUUUAUACAUAUACCUCCUCCGUGUCCACGUACUGAUUGGGCCAAUGAUUUUGGAAGACCAUGGUUUAAGGAUAACCGCUACGAGGUUGGGCUGCUGUCAGCCAAGACACGCUGGAUUCGCAUUAUUAACACACUUACCUCCCAAGAGCAAAGACUGGAGGUGUGCUCCGAAGAAACUUUGGAUGAGAUCCUCGAGCGAUACCUGCGCUAUAAUGCCCACGCAGCGAGCUACACCUGGAAACAAAACGGAGUGAACUUGGACAUGAGCAAGACCCUAUGCGAAAACGGCAUCCCUGAAGAGGAUGAGUUUUAUUGCGGAAGAGCCGACUGUGACCUCUUCUCUCCUUCUAUAUGUCUGUAUUUUAACGACGAUCUCACCGAAUUUUGACAAUGAGAGGAAGGCCGCUGCUGUUAAUGUUGACAGUAAUUGAAUAUUUGAUCCACUGCAAACAGGCAUGAACACAGCAUCAUCUAUUCAUCCAUUCAGUGUUUCAUCGAUUUCUAUCCGUCUUCGUCCUUUUGCCGUUCGCUGAGCCCCAUCCAAUCAAAUGCUGAGCACCAGAAUAAAAAAGAUGAAUGCCAGCCUACAUAAUAAACCCCUGAACCAUAAA